AUGCAGUACAAGGAGAUCUACGACUUUGCAUACUCUCUCGCAGAGACGGCAUCCGCGACCAUCGUCGAGGCCUCAGCAAAACGAUGGACUUCUACCACCGGCCUGAACGAGAAAAAGAACUCUGUCGACCUCGUGACCGAGACAGACGAGGCUGUGGAAAAGAUGAUAAAAAAUGCUGUAGCUGAAAGAUAUCCCAGCCACAAAUUCAUAGGAGAAGAGUCCUAUGCUGCGGGAGAUAGGCCUCCUUUGACAGACGAUUACACGUGGAUUGUGGAUCCCAUUGAUGUAGCUAAUAUCAGCUUUGUACAUUCUUACCCAUUUGUCGCUUGCUCCAUUGGAGUCGCGCAUAAAUCCAAGCCCAUCGUUGGCGUCAUUGCCCUUCCCUUCAUGAAGCAGAUCUUCUCUGCCUACUCGGGUGGCGGUGCCACUCUUAAUCAGAGCACGCCCCUUCCGUUGACCGGUGGUAUACCACAGCCGUUAGCCGACUUGUCUCGCUGCAUGAUUGGAGCCGAAUGGGGGUCCGACCGAGGACAAGACACAUUCACCAAGAAGACGUCUUCUUUCGCUAAACUUGCGGGAGAUCCUGAGAAAGGGGUCAAGGGUGGUGUGAUGGCGCACGCCCUCAGAACUACUGGCUCUACAGCGUGUAACGCUGUGGCUGUUGCUGCUGGGCAGCUUGAUGUAUACUGGGACGCGGGCUGUUACCCAUGGGACGUCUGCGCUGCUGCUAUCAUCCUCCAGGAGACUGGCGGCUACUUUGCUGGCGGAAAGAACACCUUGGACAGUCCAGUAGGCGAGGUCAUGAUGGGCAGAAGAUACAUCUUUGUGCGAGCGGUGCCGCCUACAGAGAAGGAGACAUCUUACGAGAUACAAACUCGUCUGGCCAAGGAACUCUACGAGGUUGUGGAUGAAUGGACCAACGAAGAUAUGAUGUAG